UCGCUUUUCGAUGGCGUCAGUUUGUUUUGAAACGCGCGUCGAGUCUGACGAAUCAGUCGGAUAACAGUUGUUGAAUUUCUUCGAGUUUAUGUUGCUAAAAUAGCUGCGCGCUCAGACGUUAUCAGACUUUAUAACUAGCUGUCUAAUACUAACGUUAGCUAUCUUAGCUAGGUCCAUGACAGCUGACGGUGAUAUAACAGUAUCAGUCAUUUAAUGCCACAUUAAUGCCACAGUAACUUACAUAGCCCACAAGGGCGAUAAGUGCUAACAUGUAUGCCUUCAGGCGCUGUAAAAGCGCCGUAACGUGGGCGUUUCUGCUUGUCUUUUCGACGAGACUGCAUAUAGCUUCUAGUUCUUCGGUGGACGUUUUGGUUAACGCUGAUAAGCCUCUCCGGAAGCUGACACACUUCUGGAGGAGCACUGGUUUCUGUGCCCCCCUACCGCACGCGGACGCGCGCCUGUACGACCUGAGCGCGGACCAGCGGCUGAAUCUCGCGCUCGUCGGCUCCGCGCCGCGCGCCGCCAUAGAGCAGGUGCGCGUGCACUGGAUGCUCGAGCUGGUGUCCGCGCGGAUUGUUAACGGGGAGUUUCACUACGACUUCACCUACCUGGAUCAGUUCGUUCACCUUCUUUGGCAGAAUGGCCUAAAGCCUGGCUUUGAACUGAUGGGCAGCGUGUCCAGCACCUUCAGGGAUUUUGAAGACAAGAGCCAGGUGGUGGAGUGGAGGAGACUCGUGUAUCUCAUAGCUCAGAGAUACAUAGAGAAAUAUGGUCUUGGCUUUGUUUCUCAGUGGAACUUUGAGACGUGGAAUGAGCCGAGUAAUCGUGACUUUGACAAUGUGAGCAUGUCUAUCCAAGGGUUCCUGAACUACUAUGAUGCAUGCUCAGAGGGGCUGCGCAUGGCGAGUCCAGCUCUGAGGUUCGGGGGUCCUGGUGACGCCUGCCGCUCUCUCCCACGUUCCCCCUACUGCUGGGCCCUUUUCCAGCACUGCUACAAUGGCACCAACUACUUCACCCGCCAACGGGGGGUGCGUCUGGACUACAUCGCCCUGCACAAGAAAGGUGGAGGCAGUACACUGCCGAUCCUGGAGCAGGAAGUGGCCACGAUGCAUGAGGUUCAGCAGCAGUUUCCUGUUUUCCGUUCCCUUCCUGUUUACAACGAUGAGGCCGACCCGCUCGUGGGAUGGAACAAACCACUCACCUGGCGUGCUGAUGUCACCUAUGCUGCCAUGGUGGUCAAGGUGAUCUGUCAGCACCAGGAUUUGCUCAUCGCCAAUGAGAACAACACUAUCAACUACACACUGCUGAGCAAUGACAACGCUUUCCUGAGUUACCACCCACACCCCUUCACCCAGCGCACCCUCACUGCCCGUUUCCAGGUCAACAACACAAACCCACCCCAUGUGCAGUUGCUACGGAAACCAGUCCUCACUGUCAUGGGCCUCCUUGCCCUGUUAGGUGAGCAGCAGGUGGGGGUUGAGGUGCUGAGCCCAGGCUGCCGGGGCAACGUUUGCCAGGGGAACAGCUCUGUGGGCGCGCUGGCCAGCGUGCACCUGCCAGCACUGCCACAGUCAGCCGACAGCUGGCAGAGUGCAGUGCUCCUGUACAACAGCAGAGACAACCUCACCUGCAACAGCUCUGACAUCGUCACUCUGCGACUCACUGGAGCGCCAGCACACACGGGUCUGAUGUAUGUAACACACUACAUGGACAACAAUGUCAGCAACCCAUACGAGUUGUGGAGACAAAUGGGCAGCCCAGUCUACCCUACACUGCAGCAGUUUACACAGCUCAGGAGUCUGGAGGAUGCACAGAGGAAGGGCCCUGUGGCGUUUCCUGCACAAGGCGUUCUCACUCUUAGGGUGAAGCUCCCCAUCCCCUCCUUAAUGCUCAUUCAUGUUUGUGCCCGCCCACCACAACCACCUGGCCAGGUGAAUGGUUUGCGUUUCAUCUCCAUCACGAAACGCCAGGUUCUUAUCAUCUGGAAGGAUCACUACAUUGGCACAAAGUGUAUAAAAACAUAUGAGGUGGAGUUUUCCCCAGAGGGAGCCACGUUUCACAGGAUCAAUGUCCGAGACACCAUCUUUACAUCUUACACCUUCUCCCCAGAGAGUGGAGAAGUGUGUGGCUCCUACAGAGCGAGAGCCGUGGACUACUGGGACAGAGCGGGAGAGUACUCCCCUACGGAGCCGUACACGCAGCUCUGUUGAUGGACACACACACUCACAGCCCUCCACCCCUGCUGCCGUUAUUCCCUACGGAGCCGUACACCCGGCUGUGCUGAUGGACGUAAAGCUCCUGCUGGUGGAGCGACACCUACACUCAGAAACCCAACUUCUCCUCACACUGAUGGGGUAAAAGUCUUUUGUAUUUUUCCCCCCCACAUGUGAAGAGGAGAGCAGUGAUGCUUUUAUAUUUACAGUAAAAGGUGUUUCCUCUAUGACACUCACAAAUCUGAUUGUGCUAUAAUCACUGUUCCAGGACAGCUUUAAUAAAUCACACUUGACAAAUCAAAGUGGGUGAACAUGAUUUAUUCACAUAUAAAUAUUCCUAAUAAAUGUGAUUGGCUCUGCCUAUCUCUAAUACCCUAAUUUAACCAAGAUCCGUUAGGGAAUUUAAACGUGAGUAAUAAAAGCCUGUUGUAGACUGUAGCACAGCGGUUCUCAGGCCCAGGGGAUACUGGCAUACUGCUCUCCUGCUCUGACACAGGUGAGCCAGGUGUGGAAAUGAGGAGCAUCAUGAACACACUAAACUUUGAGAGGUUUUACAUCAGGCACAACUGUUCAGAUGCUCUGAGGACAAAUGAUCAGUUAAUAUUUUUUAUUCUUUCUAAAAGGUAAGUGAGAAACAAGAGAAACAGGCAGAAAAAAAAAAACAUCUGCAGAACAGG